CCAAAUACCUUAGGUGAAAACUCACCUGAGCGCAGGAUGAAAGUGUGGUGGAUCCAAAUUGCACUUCUUGCUGUACCGCUAAUAGCAGUCUACCUUCAUCUUCCUCCCCCUAUUCUCUCACCGUCUCUUUACUCAUGGAGAACAGCUGGAGCAUUCUUCACCUUCAAAGACUACCGCAUAUUUUACAGAGAUUCCAAGGGUGCUUUCGGGAGUUCUGAUAUGGUGGUACUUCUGCAUGGCUUCCCAACGUCAAGCUAUGAUUGGCACAAGAUCUGGGAAGGCUUGAUGUUGAGGUUUAAUCGUGUUAUCGCAGUAGAUUUUCUUGGCUUUGGAUUCAGCGAUAAACCUAGGCGGCACAGAUACUCCAUCUUUGAGCAGGCAGAUAUUGUCCAGGGGCUAAUGGCAGAGCUGGGCCUAGCUCAACAGAAGAUCAAUAUCCUGGCUCAUGAUUAUGGAGACACUGUAGCGCUGGAGCUGCUGUACAGAUCUGAACACGGUAAUCCUGGACAUCUGAUAAUUAACAGCCUGUGUUUGUCAAAUGGAGGAAUUUUUCCAGAGACAAACCACCCACGAUUUCUGCAGAAGUUACUCAAAAACAGUGGUUGCCUUUCACCAAUCUUCACCAGACUUAUCAACUACUAUUUUUUCUCAAAAGGAAUCAGUGCAGUGUUUGGACCCCACACACAGCCGACAACUGCAGAAUAUUGGGACAUGUGGACCGCUGUCCGGAUCAACGAUGGAAACCUCGUCAUGGACAGUAUUUUACAGUUCAUCAAUCAAAGGUGGAAGUACAGAGAUCGAUGGGUAGGAGCCUUGAUUUCUACCUCUGUUCCAUUACAUUUAAUCUAUGGACCGCUGGAUUCUGUGAACCCUCAUCCUGAAUUUCUGAAUCUUUACCAGACAUUGGUACCAAAUUCAACAGUGUCAGUCCUUGAUGAUCACAUCAGCCAUUAUCCUCAGCUUGAAGAUCCUGUGGGAUUUGGACAAGCUUACACUAACUUCAUCAACUCCUUCUGAAGUUUUAGUGACAGCUCUGGACCUUGACCAAUGAAGGUUCACCAGCUUCUUCUGCAUUACAGGAAUUCUGGGAUCAAACAGUAGGCCAACAAACACUUUAACCCAACACAUCCCACAGAUAACUACGGUGUUAUUACAUCAUUCUGUAUUGCUUAAACAACAUUUUGCAGUUGCCAUCUGAGAGCAGAUGGCAACUCUUUUGAAUGAGUCAAAGUGGAUAGGCUGCCCAUUCCAAAUGUGAAAUUUUGCAAUACACAGCAGAUCAGGUCAGUAUUUUGGAUGGCACUUUCUUAUAUGAAAUGUAAACUUUGUCUUUCAGCAUGUAUUCUGCUUAAGGGUUUAGCUUACUGUAUUACAGGGAUAAACAUUUCACUGCCCGAAAGUGUACCAAUUCAGCAUGUCGAUUUCUCGAAAGGUCCAUCUGUUGGAUGCUUGAUCAAUUAUAAAUCACUCAUCGUGCAGA